UACAUUACGUCAAAUCCGUACGGAAGGACCCAGCGCUGCGCUGGCUCCGCUGCCCCGUCCUCAUCCCUUUGUUGGCGAUUUUUGCCGGACUGAUAACUUUUCCUAUUUGUGCCUGCAGCGGUUAAUACAACACACUCCCAGCUUCGCUGCCGGAGAUGUUAUGGGGGUUGUGGGGAGGGGAUCUGGAGCGUUAACGUGGGAUUGUGUGGCUGUUCGCCUGGUCGGGUUUCAGUGGACGGGUCCAGCCGGACACUCGGCACACUCUCCCUGGCUGCACGGUAUAAACAGCAUGGACAUCGCGCAUUCCACUCAGUCUAAAUAUAUCUAUUAGGGCCACUGAAGGGGAAGGACCGCUGUUGGGGGUUUAUCCUGGGACUCGCACCGUUCGAAUUAUCCGCCGGAGACUGACCAUUGGUUCCUGAGCCCACAUAGGAGAACUCGGCCCUGUCCAGAUAUGCCCUCGGGUUAUAAUGUGCGAUCCGGCGCGCGGGAGAGGAACAGCGUCCUGAGCCGACCCGAGUUCAUGUCCCUGAACCAUCAACCGGGCCGCGGCGGCGGCGGCGGCGGCGGCGGCAGCGGCGGAGGGGCGCCGUCCGCGUGCCGCGGCGGCGCGAGGCGACCGGGUCAGCUCAAGCACCAGACGAGCCAGCAGAGCGAGGAACCCGCUGACGGCGGCAGUAAAGACAGGAGGGAGCCCAGCAAAAUGCCAGAGGAGGACUGCAUGCAGCUGAACCCGUCGUUCAAGGGGAUCGCCAUGAACUCCCUCCUCGCCAUUGACAUCUGCCUGUCGAAGCGCAUGGGGGUGUGCGCGUACGCGUCCUCCUCGUGGGGAGGCUGCCGCUCCAUGGUCGGCCUGCUGGCCCUCACCGGCCACGGCAUCACGUGGAUCAUUGGCACCAUAGUGUGCCUCACAAGGAGUAACACUCUGGCCGGACAGGAGGUCCUGGUGAACCUGCUGCUCGCCCUCAUCCUGGACGUCAUGACCGUCGCCGGCGUCCAGCGGCUGGUGAAGCGCCGGGGCCCGUGGGAGAUGACGCCCGGCCUCCUGGACUGCAUCGCCCUGGACCUCUACUCCUUCCCCGCGGCCCACGCCAGCCGGGCCACCAUGGUGUCCAAGUUCCUGCUGUCCCACCUGGUGCUGGCCGUGCCGCUGCGCAUCCUGCUGGUGCUGUGGGCGUUCCUGGUGAGCAUCUCGCGGGCGCUGCUGGGGAAGCACCACCUCACCGACAUCGUGUGCGGCUUCGCCCUGGGAAUGCUCCACUUCAGCCUGAUGGAGACGGUGUGGCUCUCGUCAAACACGUGCCAGACUCUCAUUUCCAUAAGCACACUGAGCUGGAGCCCGUUUUACUAAGCGUCCGGCACACGAGCCGGAUCCGGUCCGGUAACUGUGCACUGUCGGGGGCUCAGGUCCAGUCUCGUCAGGUAACUUUCCCAACAGUUCUCAUUUCAGACUUGCAUGCAACACUUAAAACAGACAGGUCACCUUAGAGAGCAAAUUCAGGUCAAGUCACAUCUGCUCCCACACUUCUAUCGCUCUUUUCUAAUUUAAGUCCUAAUAAUAAGCUGAGUAGAGUUUAGUGAAGUGCACAUAGUAAUAAACAUGUUUUUGUUUCAUACAGUAUGAAAGCUGGUACUGCUCAUCUAUGUCUUGACUUCCUUUAGGAUAAAUAAAGAGUCUCUUGAGUUCGCGUGCCUCUUCUUUCCUUUCACUUCCUCUUCCUUGUUACUGCUUCCUCUUUUUUUUAACAUUUUGUAAUGGAAAUAAAAUAUCCUGGCCUCCGUCUGUGAUUACAAAACAAUUUUGAACUGAACACUGAACGUUAAACUAAAAUACUGUGGUUGUUGUUAUUCCACACUGUUCUCAAUUGGUUUAUAUUCGGAUUCGUUUGUAUACUGAUGAUGCAAUUUUGUUGGUUUUGACUGUAUAUUUAUAGAAUGUAAAUUUAUUUUGUGUAAAACUGACGUUUCACAGAAUGAGAUAUUUUCUUAUAGGGUCAGAAAGAACUCCCUUCACUGGGCUGUUUUAAACCUUUUUACAGCUGACACUUCUCUGCAGUUGCUUGAUUAAAGGCGGCUGCACAUUUUUAUGCUUUAUUGGUCAAUCAGAUCGUGUGCUCUGCUAAAACAUCGGCUUCAAGCAUCACGUGGACAAUGUGCUGGUUUUUGAAUUGACUUGAAUGAAACUUGCUUGGAUUAUGUUAAAGAGCUUUUAGUGGUUUGAUUUGUAAAUACGGCUUGAUGUAAAUGACUCCAUUUUGUUCUGUGUCAUGUUUUUACGUGGAUUUUCCAUCUUGUUAAUAAAAUGAGGUGAACUGUCA